UGAGGGCCGCUGGUGACGCCGCUCCCCGCGGCAGGGUGCCGUGCGCUGCCGCCGGCCCAUCGGCAGCCGUCAGAUGGCGUCUGCGCUGAACGCUCACCUCCGCCUCCUGCCCGCUGGUGUCGCCGCUCCACGGCUUUGCCGCCAUCAGUCCCCGUCACCAGGCCGCUGAGACCUAAAGUGCAGAAGGCGGCCUCUCCUCCGGGGGUCGGUUGCGCGUUGGGCUGUCCCUCGGAAAGCAGUAGCGUUGUGUGGCUGUACCCCAGAAAGCCGUAGCGCUGUGUGGCAGGCCCUGCUGCCAAACCGUGAGCGCUCGCUGCUGGAGCUUGGUGGCCCCGAGGUCUGUAAUGGUGAGGCUGGGGCCGGCAGGUGCGAGCAGAGAGAGGCGAAACAUUUUGUCCUGCCAUGCUGAAAGUGGAAAGAAUUUUUUUUUUUUUAAUUAGCUGAUGCCAUUGUUUACACUUGGGAUUCCGAUCUUUACCUCCGCUUAGAAAAGCAAGUGAUUCGGAGGAAGGAACAAGAGUUUUGUCUUAUGGCUGUUCCAGGAAAGGUGGCAGCUUUCUGUCUGCCUCCCCUGCCAACUGUUGGAGAGAUUAUUAAACUCUUUCGCCUUAAAGCACAGAAACAACUUUCCCAGAACUUUCUACUGGAUUUGCGAUUGACAGACAAGAUAGUGAGACAAGCUGGCAAGCUGAAAAAUGCCUAUGUUUGCGAAGUGGGCCCUGGGCCAGGAGGAAUUACCAGAUCUAUUCUCAGUGCUGGUGUUGAACAACUCCUUUUAAUUGAAAAAGAUGCUCGAUUUAUUCCAGGAUUGCAGAUGUUAUCUGAAGCAGCUCCAGGAAAAGUGCGCAUUGUUCAUGGAGAUAUCCUGACAUAUAAGAUGGAGAAGGCUUUUCCAAAGCACUUAAAAAAGAACUGGGAGGAUGAGCCACCAGAUAUACAUAUCAUUGGGAAUCUGCCCUUCAGUGUUUCAACUCCUCUAAUCAUCAAAUGGCUUGAAAAUGUUUCCAAAAAGGAUGGACCUUUUAGUUAUGGCAGGACGCAGAUGACGUUGACUUUUCAGAAGGAAGUUGCAGAGAGGCUUACAGCUAAUCCAGGAGGUAAGCAGUGUAGCAGGCUGUCCAUCAUGUCUCAGCAUCUCUGCACUGUUGAAAACUGUUUCGUAAUUCCAGGUCAAGCCUUUGUUCCAAAGCCAGAGGUGGAUGUGGCUGUGGUGCAUUUCACGCCAUUGGUGCAACCAAAGAUACAGCAGCCGUUCGAGCUAGUAGAAAAAGUGGUUCGAAGUGUUUUUCAGUUUAGAAGAAAAUACUGCUGCCGUGGAAUCGAGACCUUGUUUCCUGAAAGUGGACGUUUGAAAAGAACAGAACAGCUGAUGAUGACAGCAGAUGUUGAUCCAACUCUGCGUCCUUUUCAGCUCUCCAUGUCACACUUUAGAAACCUGUGCAAUACAUACAGGAAAAUGUGCGAUGAAGACCCAGGCCUUUUUGUGUACAGUUACAGAGAAGAACUAAAGCAAAAGAAGAAGACGAGGAAUUUACUUAGAAGUACCAGUCAGCUCAAACAGACUGAAGAGGAAAAUCAGCUGUAACAGCUGUAAUUGCAGCAGACUGAUUUUUUGUUUAUUAGUUUUAAGUCCUUGAUCUAAAGUGUUGAUUCAGUAAACAGAGGCUUAUAUAUUCCUACAUCUGUGCAGGUGUGGAAGAACUACUUUUGAGAAAGUACUUUUUCGAUUCAGCUGCAGACAAAAGUGAAAAGACAGUCCAGUUACAAAGUGCCUACAAGGUUCUUUUUACUUCAGGGGAAUGGUUAGAACACAUACCAAGAACAAGGUAUGUUGUGAGACGUGUAAUUAAGUUGGGAUACUUAACUGAGUUUUGUAUAAGUGAAAGUGCAUUAUUGAAAUGUAAGAAAAAAUACUUUUCAUACUUCAGCAUGUAAGAUGGUGUUUGGGUUUUUGUGCUCUUUUUAUCCUGGAACAUCCUACUGUGCAGAGUAAUUUAAAAAACAAAAGCCAAAACUCUUGUAUAAAUAUACUCAAGUGACUGGCUUAAAGGAGGAUAAAGUGCACAGAUUGCCUCAAGGUCUGCCAAUAUGCUUCUCAUUUAUGCAAAAGCAAAGAAUUUGGGAUUUAAAGCUCCAAUUAGAGCAAAGCAGCAUGAUAAAAAGUAGAAAACAUGGCUAAGUACAAUACUUAUUUGUCUUUUACUGUACAGGCUGGUAGAGAAAAUAAAAAAUACAGUCAAAUAAAAGAUUACAGGCCAAGCUUUGUUUUUGUAUUUACACAUAUGUAUAAAGUAUAAACAGCAUCUUGAAACUUACAAAAAUGAAUUUUCUGCACUAUUGUGCACUAAAACACAUUAAAAUAACUUAAUUCUGCUUUAAAUAAAGCAAAAAUGAAAACCAAAGAAAUAAAAUGCCCAAGGUGUUGAAAAAUUCAUUUUGCAAUGCUACUUUCCAUUGUAAUCCCCUCUGCCACUCACUAGCACCUUUUCCAUGUUACUUAAAAUACUAAUGAGGCCAUCCUUCCCUUCCCUUCCCCUC